AUGCCGGUUCUAUUUUGCUGGAAGAACACGACCAUUAAUUUGAAACUUUGUAGCUUGUGCGAUAGCGUAGAGAAACUGAGCAAUGGUCGUUUGGGUACUAGUUCUACAGUUGCGCUAAUGGGUUCACCGGAAAGCGGUUCCUUCUCACCAGGGAUUUCAUCACCAGUACCAUGUGGAACAAGCUCAACUGGUCCGAUUGGCAUUCCGUCCGAUGCAUCCGAUUCAGGUAUUGCUGUACCUAGUAAAAAAUCGACGACACGCCGGAAUGCCUGGGGUAAUAUGUCGUAUGCCGAUCUCAUCACACAAGCCAUCGUUAGUUCACCUGAAAAGCGACUAACUCUUUCACAAGUGUAUGAAUGGAUGGUGCAAAAUGUUCCAUACUUCAGAGACAAGGGUGAUUCCAACAGUUCUGCUGGUUGGAAGGGUGUUACUGACCUGAAUGACACAGCAACUAAUACUGCUACUUUGUACAGUUGUCAGUUCGGAAAAGGAAGGAGUCUUACAAUCCGAUCUACUGCCGUUGGUAUUUUAACACACAUGACAGCACAGAAAUGUAACCGUCGAUAG